AAUAACUUGUCGAGAGAGAAAGAGGCAAUUUAAUUGCUACGGCCUGCAUUUAAUUUAUUAAUUUUUGUUUCCAUAUACAAGUCCUUUCACAAUGGCCGAGGCUGCUGCUGUUGAGAACCCGGACCAGCUCAUCACCUCGACGGACCCUGAGCACCCUGCCAACCUCAUCCCUUCGCUGUGCGCCAAGUUUUGGACGUUGGGAUGGGUUACUGGCACGGGGGGAGGAUGUUCGAUUAGAGACGACAACCUCGUCUACCUCGCCCCCUCGGGCGUCCAAAAAGAACUCAUGAAACCAACCGACAUCUACGUCCUCUCCCUCAAAGACCAGGAUCCCGCCCACAGGCAGCAACGCACCUAUCUCCGCUCCCCUCCCACCUACAAGCCCUCGCAGUGCACGCCCCUCUUCCUCGCCGCCUUCACCCGCCGCGGCGCCGGCUGCUGCAUCCACACGCACUCCCACUGGGCCGUGCUCGUCACGCUGCUGCUCGAGGCAAAGGGCAACAGCCGCGUCUUUGAGAUUAACAACAUUGAGCAGAUCAAGGGCUUUGGGAAAGGCUUCGGCAAGGUGGGCAACCUGGGGUACCAUGACACGCUGAGGAUUCCGGUCAUUGAGAACACGCCGCACGAGGAGGACUUGACCGAGUAUCUGGAGGCGGCGAUGGAGGCCUAUCCGGAUACGUAUGCUGUGCUGGUGAGGAGGCAUGGCGUGUACGUGUGGGGGGAUAAUGUGCACAAGGCGAAGACGCAGUGCGAGAGUCUGGACUAUCUCUUCCAGCUGGCCGUUGAGAUGCACCAGCUUGGCCUGCCUUGGAUCAGCAACGUUGCCCAGAUUGCUCCCCAGAGGUCCUAAGACGAUGUAGGGUUAAAGAAAGAAAACAAAUAGAGAAACGGAGAAACAUCAACUUGAGAAUUGGAUUUAGAUUGGAGUUAAAAAGGGUGUAGGACCCAUCCCAUCUUUUAACAAGUUGGGAUAAAGUCAUGAAUAUUAAGUCUUUAUAUAUAACCCUCGCGUUGUGCAUAUUUUUAUUCUUAUAGCUCGUCUCUCGGUCGUAUAUCUUCCACAACCACCUCUGCAGAUUCCCCUCCUCGCAAAUCAUCAACAUCUUCAACGUCUCCAGGUAUCGCCCCCAACUCAUCAGCCUCAUUUACCGCAUCCACAAUCUUUCCAACUCUCUCAACCAUAGACUCCCCAUCAUCAUCCCUCUCCUCCUCCGCUACCUUUGGUUCCCGUCCCACCUUUGCAGUAGGCAAGCUCUCAUCCGGAAUUCCAUCCACCCGAAUCUCCCCAUCAAUCACCACCCCAGCCUUUCCAGACUGCCCAGGCUCCCGACUACCGCUCUGCAUCACCGCUCUUCCAGCCGUUGACCCAACCCCAAAGACAACCCGCAGCGGCAACCACAGAAGCCACCACAACGGCCCAUACAGGAUCCUCCUAAACACAAGCCACGCACCCGUCACCAUCAGCAUGUACAGCGCCGUCUGCAAAUACCACGUAUCGCUCUUCUGAGAUUUAAGCAGCGUGCCCAGCAGAUCCCUCGAACUGGCCAGCAUGCCAUCCAGCGAAGUAUACGACUCAUCCAGCUUCUUCAACGCCGCCGAAGACUCCGUCAGCGUCUGCCGCG